GUAAGGCGACUGCAUAGAGUUUUAUACAAAUUGGCCGGUGCUUUCACCCUUGCCACACCUUGGCUUCACAGCCUGUCCGGCCUGUAGGACAGAGUGUAACAAUGGCUACCAGAAGGAAAAGCAUAUCGAAAAAGGAUAAAAAGGACAAAACGCUAACCGAGCAGCCUGAACUUGAAGCCGUCAGACCGGAUAUGUUAACUCACCGGAAAUCGACGAGAAUGGAAAUGAAAACCAGCGAAUCGAAAAUGAAAGAAGAAUUCAGUCUUGUAUUGACACCAACUGUGAAGCCAGAGUAUGACAAUCUGGUUCGUUUCGACUUCAAAACGUCACAAUAUGCUGAGGUACCAUUUUUAGACCAAGUUAUCAUUUUGACGUUGCUGCAAGGUAGUUUGAUCCAUAAAGAUAUGGUAGAAGGUCCCAAAAUAAAGACAGACGUUCCAGUUUUACCUCUACUAGAAGAAGUGGAGCAGGAAAUGUUUACAGAGCACAUUUUUUAUAAGAAAUUGGUGAAUGCUUUUAAUUAUGGUGAUCGAGGAUCCCAAACCUACAACUACAGAGCUCGUGAGCAGGGCACCCUGACGGAUCCGCCGCCAAAAUCGACGUUUUCGGCUAAUGUUAAUCAAUGGGAAAUUUACGACUCUUAUAUAAGAGAUUCCAAAAAACACGAAACGGAGAGGAAAAAGCCACCAGUCAGCAGCAGUUUCUUGGAUUCUAAAACAGCUAUUAUGAUGAUGGAAAGAAUGGUGAAUCAGAAUAUUUUCGAUGAGAUCACAAAUGAUUACAGAUAUUACGAAGAUGAAUCCGAUGAAUUUCACGUUAGCUAUGGUACCAUGCUACCUCUUUGGAAGUUUUCCUACCACAAAACCCUGGGUUUCAGUGUAACGUCCUUAUGUUGGAACAACCGUUAUUCGGAUUUCUUUGCUGCCUCCUUCGGCUCCUACAAUGUGUUUCAGCAAAGAUUCGGCGGCUGGCUGCUGUUGUACAGCUUGAAAAACCCGUCGUAUCCGAUGUACAUAUUUCAAACAAACAGCAGCGUUAUGGCUUUAGACUUCCAUCCCGAAUUCGCUUACUACAUUUGUGUCGGGCUUUACAACGGUCAUGUUGCCGUGUAUAAUCUUUGCAAGAGCCAUGAUGCUUUAGUUCAGAAAUCCUCCAGUUUCACAGGGAAGCACCACUACGAGGUGACUGAAGUAAAAUGGCAACCAAAAACCGAAGACGUGGAUUUAAUUUUCUGCUCGGUGUCUACCGACGGAAGGAUCUUGCAAUGGAGCCUCGUCAAAGAGGAACUAGUCCAACUGGAAUUGUUGAAACUUGAAAUAGAUCCGCUCCCUUUCUGGGACAGUAAUAUAUCAAUCUUGUCGUUCGGUUGCGGUAGCUCGUUCAAUUUCCAUCGCAAGUUUGAUCAUUUGUAUUUGCUCGCCACGCAAACGGGCAAAGUUCACGUCUGCUCAAAAAGAUACUGUAAUGAAGUCUUGUACACGCUGGAUGCCCAUUCUAUGGGCGUGAAUAAAGUUGAAUGGAACCACUUCCAUCCAAAUACAUUCAUUACUUGCAGCGACGACUGGAGCGUAAAAGUAUGGGAAUACAACGAGGAAUACAAAAUCCCUUUGUUCACGUUCGAUCUGGGCAGCAGAGUGACUGAUGUCGCCUGGGCUCCAUAUUCGGCCAGUGUGUUCGCUGCCGCUACGUCGAAAGGUCGUGUCCUCGUGUACGAUUUAAACUUAAACCGCUACGAACCGAUGUGUGAACAAGUGGUGGUGAAGAAGAAAGACACUGAGGUUACCCGGAUAGCUUUCAACCCUCAAAAUUUCAGCAUCAUUGCCGGGGACAGCAGAGGAGAUGUCACCGGCCUGAAACUGUCCUCUAACCUUCGCAAAAUGCCGAAAUUGAGGAAAGGAGAUCCACCUCUUGAAGGACCAGCGAAGGAGGCAGCAGAGACAGCUAAACUGGACAGGAUAUUCUCAAUGGCCAGAUAAAAUUCAUCAUCAUCAUUAUCAUCAUCAUCGUCAUCAUCAUCAUUAUCAAAACCAUCAACAACAACAACCACAACAAUAAUAGUGAUUAUCCUUUUUACUAAAGACACAAAUCUUGAAAUUUGGGAGGGGGAGAGGCUAGUCGACUAUAUCGACCCCAGUGCGUAACUGGUACUUAUUUCAUCGACCCUGAAAGGAUAAAAGGCAAAGUCGACCUCGGCGGAUUUUGAACAUAUAAUGUAAAGACGGACGAAAUGCCGCUAAGCAUUUUAUCCGGCGUGCUAACGAUUCUAAUAACAGCUACGGCGACAGCAACCAGAAAAAUGGUGGAUUACAGCAACAACGAUGACAGUGACAGUAGUAGCAUUAAUAAGAAUGAUGACAACACCAACAACAACAACAACAACAACAGCAAAGACAGUAAAAACAAUAACAUGACUAACAACAGCUACAACAACAACAACAGAAGCACUACCCAGCAUUGGCAACAGCGUUUAAGGACCAAGAACAACGGUUGAGCAACAUCUAAUAAGCAUCACCGUAACAGCAAUAACGUUGACGCCACCACAAUGUCAACGAAGUUGACAAGAAAUGUCAACGUCAAAGUCGUCACCGCCAAAGUCGUCACCGCCAAAGUCGUCACCGCCAAAGUCGUCACCGUCAUCACGACUCCAGCCAACAUCGUCAACAACAACAAAAGCAACAGCAAUAACACCAGUAACGUCAGCAACAGAGAUUCUAAGGACUUCGAUAUGCCAGUCUUCAUCAUCGUCAUCAUCAUCGUCAUCAUCAUCUCCACUGCCAUUAUCAUUAUCAUCACCAUCAUCAUCACAACCACUACGACCACCGUCCUCAUCCUCAUCUUCGUCGUCGUCAUCAUUAUCUUCAUCAUCAUCAUUAUCAUCAUCAUCAUCAUCAUCAUCAUCAUCAUCAUCAUCAUCAUCAUCAUCAU